AUGUUUCGCACGAAAAGGUUUUUUCGGCUGAAGAAAAAGAUCAACACGACGUGCCAUCAAAUUGCCGAAAUCGAAAUUGCUAGUCCAUCAAUUGUGCCUUCUGCUGGAGGUUUCACUAGUGCAGAUAUACGGUAUGCUCGUCUUAAAAUGGAUUUACUAUGGACUCCUCGUAAUGUCCAGCUAACAAAGCUUCUUCUGAUUCUUUACCUUUCACUUCUAGUCACAUCCUGCAAAGUAGAACUCAACAACAGUGAGGAAGACGACCUAGACCAAGAACUUAAAAAUUAUGUAGACAGUGUAUUUAGUGUUAGUGAAAUAAGUAUAGUGCCAGGAGUUAAAAUAGAAGAAAUAAAACAUGUUCCAGAAGAGAACCGGACAUUUACGGAAAGUUGCGAUAACGGACGUAGCCUGCAAACUGUGCAGGAGUAUGUGGAUAAGAAAAUUGAACAGUUUUCAGCAAGGCAUUUGCUUUCUAUAAGCCUACCAGAGACGGCGAGGUUCUUCUCUUCAGGUGAGCCAAAUAAAGGGGACUCUGGCAAGAGUUCUUUUUUGACCGGCUUCGGUAUGGGUUUUCUAGCUUUCGGACUGAAGAAACUAUUGCUGCCAUUCUUUAUAGGUGCCCAAUUGAUCAAGAGCGUUUUGAUUGCUAUGUUCCUGCCGUCUAUCUUGGGAGGCCUCGGAAAAAUUGUCGGUAAAGGACUGUCUACGUUUUCUGGAAUAUCUGGCGCUUCGACAGGACUCAAUCAGCAUCAGCAGCAGAUUGAGGAUUUCGAGUUUAAAGAUGUAGGCCCUUAUAAUAAUGAGAUUGGUGUGGGGCAUCAAUUCAACGCGGAAGCUGCAGCUACGAAUCAGUUGGCAGAAGUGGAUUCCAGUACAUCUGGUAAUGAUAUUAGAUUAGGAAACUCAGCUAACCAAAGAAUUGCUUUUGUAUCACCGCAAAGUGAUAAUUACUACCUAAGAAGACCAAACCGUAAAACCGAUUAUAAGGUUUUUCACAAAAUACCAUCGUCUUCCCUUCUUCUAACGAGUUAUGAUCCCUUUUACAGGGAGCUAAACGAACUUCGCAAACCAUCUAGCGACAAUCCAGAUAUCCUUCGGUUUUUCCGUUACAUGAAAGCUGCCAAAGAUGGACAAGAUGGCGAAGAGUGUCAUGCCCACGGCGGAUGCCCAUCUUUAACUGCCCACAAAGCUAGUCCAGCAAUGCUCACUACUUAUAACGAUAUUAAUAAGUUAGUUUUAGCGAGAAAUCUGAAAUAA